GCCUCGCGCAAUAAGCGCCCGCGCGAGCACGACCGACGCGGCGGUACGGUAGCGCACGCAGACCGUGCGGGCCGGAUACACCGAAAGUCUCCGACGGCUCGAUCGUGUGCGUGUCUGUUCGUAACGCGGUCCGUAUGUCCGACGGCCGCCCGUGCAAUGAACUCGAGCGCCGCCACAUAAUGACACCCGCAACAUAGCACCGGCCGCAGCGCCACGGGCAUAGUGGCCACCGAGGAUUACGAAGGCGGGAUUCGGGCAUAAAAGUUGAUCGCAUUGUGGCAAAGCCCGAUCGAUGGGGCCGCUGGGCGGUGUCGGAGGCACGAGAACAGGUGUCGUCCAACGACCAGCAGGACGACGUCGGCGGCCGUUCAACCGAAACGCUAGCCCCGCUUCCGCCUUCUGCUCGAACGAAGGACUCGGGACCUCCUUCUCGCUCCGGCCUCCUGCCCAAACCUUCGUCGAGGCAUGAGGCUGACGCCGCCCAACAUCCCGAGAGCGAGCGGUGAAGGCGGCAUCAUGUUGCGACAGGCUUCCCUCACAACGGUUGGCGGCCUCAAGAGCUCCUCCGAUGGAGCGACCAGGGUGGCCAGCUCGCAGCUGCCGGACGGGGAGGCACUGUCCGGCGGAGACAGGGGCAGUAGCGGCCUGGAGGCACAGCACGUGCAGGGGAACCACCUGUCGGAGGCCUUCCUGGCCAUGAACUGCAUGCGCCUCAAAGGACAGCUCUGCGACGUGCAACUCACGGCCGGGGGCCAGCAGCUCAGGGCACACCGCCUGGUGCUGGCAGCGUCCAGCCCCUACUUCCACGCCAUGUUCAACAGUGACAUGUGUGAGAAGAGCAAAGGGGAAGUGGUAUUGCAUGACAUCUCCUUCAUGGCACUGCAACUUCUGGUAGAGUUUGCCUACACAGGCGAAGUCGUCAUUACAGAAGCCAACGUCCAGGGCCUGCUUCCGGCGGCUAGCCUGGUGCAAGUGGGGAGCGUGCGUGAUGCAUGCUGCUCCUUCUUGCUACGUCAGCUGCACCCCUCCAACUGCCUGGGCAUCCGCAGCUUUGCCGACACCCACGCCUGCAGGGACCUCUUGUGCAAGUCGCAUCGCUACGCGCUACACCACUUCAGGGAGGUGGCCCACACAGACGAGUUUCUCAUGCUGCCUCUUUCACAGGUGGAAGACCUCAUCUCUAGCGAUGAACUGAACGUGUCCUCGGAGGAACUGGUUUACGAGGCUACGGUUGCGUGGAUCAAGCACGACCUUUCCGAACGGCAGAAAUACGUAGGAAAGCUUUUGCAGCACUGCCGACUGCCACUAACACGGCGGGACUUCUUGCUCUCCAAGGUGGGGGAGGAGCCUCUGGUGCAGAGCAGCGAAGAGAGCAAGGACCUUCUGAUCGAGGCCAUGCGGUACCAUCUGAUGCCCGAGCGGCGCAGCGCCAUGGCGGGCACGCGCACCAGCCAGAGGAGGCCCGACGGAUUGCGCUCCUACCUCUUCGCCGUCGGAGGGGGCUCGCUGUUUGCGAUCCACAGCGAGUGCGAGUACUACAAUCCCAGGACCGACCGGUGGUGUUCCUUUGCUCCCACGAUUCAUCGUCGGUCUCGUGCAGGCAUCACGGCCCUCAACAGGAUGCUCUACGCCAUCGGAGGAUUCGAUGGGACGCGCGACCUGUCGUCAGUGGAGUGCUACGACCCCGUGCGGAAUGCGUGGUCGCUGCUGCCGGGGCUGGGCAGCCGGCGCAGCUGCCUGGGGGUGGGGUCCCUGCGGGGCCUGGUGUACGUGGCGGGGGGCUACGACGGGGCCUCCUGCCUGAGCAGCGUGGAGCAGUUCGACCCCCUGGUGGGCACCUGGACCUCCCUCGCUGGCAUGGAGUACCGCAGACGCUACUGCAGGCUCGCCGUGCUCGAGGACUGCUUAUACGCUGUGGGAGGUCACGAUGGCGCCAGCUACCAAUCUUCUGUCGAGAGGCUGGACCCAAGGGAGGGCCGCUGGCGGCUGCUGCCGUCGAUGCACAGCCGACGCAACAGCUGCGGGGUGGCCAUCCUGGAGCGGUCCCUGUACGCCGUGGGCGGGAACGAUGGCAGCCUCUGCCUCAACAGCGCCGAGCGCUUCGACCUGGCCGCCAACAUGUGGGACCACGUCAGCUCCAUGCACUCCCGCAGGACGACGCACGAAGUGGUUCAGGCAGACGGCUUCCUCUAUGCGGUGGGUGGCAACGACGGGAGCUCGAGCCUCAACACGGUGGAGCGCUACGACCCACGCCACAACAAGUGGAUGCUCGUCACAGCCAUGAUGCUCCGCCGGAGCAGCGUCGGAGCUGCCGUCCUGGACUGCCCCGUGCUGGAGCGCUCUGCUCAAGAGCGCUCCUACUCAACUAGCACUGCCAGCAGCGAACCCUAACCACUCCACAGCUGCUAGAACCUUUGUUCUGUGACAACUAGACGACAGGACUUUCCUGCAAAUGGUGCUUUCGCAACUCCUCUGCAAAUGGAUGUCAAAUCGUGCAAAUACCCGAUAUUGUUGGAGUGCAUUUUUUUUUAACAUCUUAGCCCCAGAAGAGGGUUGCAGACGGGCAUCUUUGGUGGAUCAAAUAUGACAAACUUUAUGCUAGAGCCUGGCGAUGUUGAGCGCCGCUCGGCACAAGACUAUUUCAGGCACUGCUCAAUUCGAUCCCCAACAGCCUGGCAUAGGCGAGGCGAACCGCUCGCACAUAUGAGCGCGAAGUUCAGAUUCUAAUUUGGUUUAUGAUCAGUAGACUCACCACUGCAGCUGUGCUUGACCAAACCAAUGUGUAGCAGUGAAAGUGUGGUCCCAGGAACAUACCUUACUGCGACUUUCUUUGUUUGCCACAUAUCUUGCAUUGCCUUCGGCGUCGUGGAUACUUUCGAACGGCUGCAGGCAGCAAGAUCUGCUCCGGUGGCAAGUUAUACACUAGGACCAACAGUUUUGCCAGACCUCGCUGAACUCAUCCUGUCCCGAAUAUUGCUGUAGUGCGAGGAAGUAGUAGUACAACUGUGGCUAGCGUUUCGCCGCAAUCCUGCAUUUCUGCUGAUGGCAGAUGGUUGUCACCGGUGAUUGUCAGCGUUCUACUAAGGCCACAAAAGUCAAAUGGUGAUACAGGUAAGUCUCCCUGAAGUUGGGUAUGUGUCACUAUUGGUGAGACGUGUCUUCGACAAAUGGCACUCUGGGGCUGUGCCUAAGAGCAAGGGCACAGACUAGUCUCUCUACAUUCCAGGUUUCUGCAAUGGUGCUUAUGUUACCCGAUGGCUUCCCGCAAAUAUUGGCACUUGCACGCCUGUUUGUACUGUGGUUGUUUUGUUUCAUUGGUGGACAUGAGUCUGACAAUGGACGCAUUACGGUUGUUCCGUCGUGUCGCUUGUCGCGUUUAAGGCACGUCCUUACCUCUAGUAUUAUCUCUCGCAAGUAUAUCGAAACUGGGCGACAGCUGCUGUUGCAGCUCCUUUCCUGAAGCCGAAGGGUUGCAGUAUGUGUAUUUAUUGUGUUUGAUUGCAAAUUUGAAUGAAAGGACAAAGCUAGUGCUAGCUUAAUACAUUUAGAAUUUUUCAAGCAGUUUGUUGUUCUGUCAUUGACACCUGGCUGGUCCAGGCCGUAACGCUUGUUGGCACCUCUUUUGAAUGGGCACACCCAUAGCCUUCUCGUUCCGUUUGUCGUACACUCCACUAGUCUGGCAUGAUAUGAAACCUCUUCAUAGGAUGGACAUUGUUUGUUGAGUGCAUAACUGCACUUCACCGGUCCAGGUAGCACGUCCGCAUUAGAGGUGGAGUGACAGGUAAAUGUGCUCAGUCUUUCGAGUGCGUUGGUGAUGACUGUGGCGGGUUGUUUUUCCUCUCGCGUUUCAAUGUGCCUCCUUGCGGGUAGCAGUGAGCUGAGACUCUGAAGGCCUCGUGAAUGCCUCUCAUGAAGAUUACCGGUGCCCGUGGUCCUCGUCUGCUGUUAAAUGCGGAGGAUCCAAUUUUAUAUCCAAGACCCAAUAUCUCGUUGCUUCGACAGGAGCCGCAAGAGACUAUUUGAUGUUGUACCUUGCGACCGUCCCACCGCAUUUACAUAACCGAUGUUACAUUCCAAGCGUCAGUAAAAAUGCUUGUUCCACCACGAGAAACUCCAGUAACUAGUAUCUCGGAGGCCUAAAAAGCUACCUUUGUAUUUUCUGUGAGGAAUCGGUGAGAAAUCGGGCUUUUCUAAGCAACAAAUCAGUUUUGAUUUGAGCAUACUGCAGUGAAUUGUCUACCAAAAAGCAGGACAUGUUUGCCUAAAUGAAACAUUGUGUGUGUAGUGUGUGUUGGUGUAUUUGAAGCAGAUCUCACUAUAAUCCUGUUUGUGCAAAUGGGCAUAUGUCGCUUAUAAAAAUGUACUGAAGGCAGCCCCAUUGGAAUUACGUGUUUCAUCAGUGAAGCUUUCAAUUUAGGCUGAUACAAUACGCUUUGAAAAGUAGGACUUUGUAAAUGUGCAUGCUGCAUUUUCACUUUCGUGCACAGAGACAUUACAAAAAAAAAAAAAGGCCAAAUAUAUAUCACCAGAUUAACACGAGUGUAUUUCAGUCUGCAGUAGUAGAUUUCUGCAUUGCAGACAGUCACAAGCUGAACUUUUCAAUGCCUUUGCACCGUCAAGCUUCAUGGGUUACCAGAAUUGACGGUAAAAUCUUCCAGUCCUUUUUUCUCACUUCUAGCGGGUUUGAGUGAGAAUGUGUGUUUUCUGAAAGCCGAUAAUAGCCAGUAUUAGAAUGAGUCUCUAUCAAGAGCAACGCUGCAUUUCACAUUGCGGAUUAGUCGCUUCUCCAACUGGUGCUCCAUUUGCUGAACCAACCAUUUCAUCCCAUCUGUCCUCUGUCUCCUUGUGCAACUGCUUCACAUUUUUUAGACAUGCCCAUUCCAUGCAGAGCAAAAAACUUGCAGACCGUUUUGGUAAUUCUUGACAAGCUUCUUGUACAUAUAUGUUGUAGAAUUGUUCAUGUUGGUGUAAGAGUGUUUAUACCGAGACUUGCAGACUUCUGCCGCAUAUUGUCGCAUGGUCCAUGUGGUCAUGCGACGCAUUACAACAUGCCACGUAACAUGGCCAUGAGAUGCUGAUGAGGUCGCUUUUAAUGUUAGUCUUCUCAUACACACCCUCCUGCAUAACAAGUUUCAUGUUACAAAAAAAAACAAUGGUAUGGUGGGCACAGACAUUUACCAUCAUCAUCUCUGCAUAUAUCCUGCCCAUGGACAUUGUAAAUACCUCUAACAGGCUUCAUGUAUUCGCUGUAAAACGAGCCACAAAAAUAGGGGAUUAUGUAACAAAUUCAAACUUUCACCAAAGGUGUCACCUAGUGGUAGUCCUUAUAUUGUGAAAUUUCAAGGUAUUUCUUGAUUCCCGGGGAAAAUUGGACCAGUACCCUUGACAUUUUCAAUCGCAGAUGCCAACGCAGAAGAAAGAGGUUCUCAGAGAAUCCUGCUUGUAGCGCCAUCUCCCGGUAGGUGCAGCAAGCACUCAAUAAGUCACCUGCUUUUGACAGAGUACUUGCUGCACCCAUUGGGAGAUGGCUCCACAAACACGAUCCUCGGUCGGCAAAGUCACCACCUGCAGUUGAAAAUGUCAAGAAUGCUCCAGUUUUUCGCAGAUACAGAGAUGCACCUUGAAACUUUACAAGAUAAAAUACACUAUAAAAUACAUAAUUGAUUGAAAUGCGACCUCCUUGUGUGCAGGCGUCUGUCUUUCUGGCUCAUUUUACAGCGAGCCCCUUGAUUCGUCACACUCUGUACAUGCCACAACACAUUUUUACGCCCUACAGUAUUAGACCUCUUCGUACCAAAUGCACACUUUGCGCAAUGUGCCUCCACAAAGCCCGUGAAACAUUCAACAAUUGAACACUGUCUAAGCAAGCAGAUGCGGUCGGACUACUAGCCUCUGUUCAACCUUCAAAUGGUGUUGGUCGAGAACAUGUCUUGUACUAAGCUUCGGCAAAGAAUAAGUGUACGUUUUGCUGGAAGGCAAUAACUGCGAGUCUGGAGUGCACGGAAUGCGAUACAUUGUUCUGCUUGCUGGAACGUGUGCAAACCAUAUAGGCUGGCUACGGGUUACCUUUGUCAGUGCGACCGAGAAACUUUUACAUUCAAAUGUGUAAGGUGUUCCGCGUUUUAUUGCUGAAUGCUUUUUAACUUUGGUAAAGCAAUACCGCAAACGAAUGAAGCAAAUGGCCCAGACGCCAACAUGCAGUGUAAAAUAAUUUGCCCAACUCGCCAAGAUUUUGGUUUGAUGUACGCAGUGGUAAAAACUUGCAUAAGAAAGGCUGAGCUAUGCUUACGCAUUCCUCUGCAUUAGCAGUGGCUGCUCUUUGAGAGAGUGCAAGUUCUACAGACCAACACGCGUCCCCGAUGUCACGCAGCUGCGGUGGCGCUGUCGACGGCACUGCGCAUGCGCAGAAGUUUCAGUUCACUCGAAUUCGGUUUCUGCGCAUGCGCAGUGCCCACACCUGGUGUGGGCAAACGCGGGCUUGUUUGUAAACAGCGUGUUGGUCUAUAGACAGAAAACAAAGCUCAGCAUGCGUGUCGCAGUGUUUACUACCAUAAAAUACUGCGGAAGUGCCCACUUCGUUCAAGUGCCCGGUGUUGACAUUUUCUAAACUUGGAAAUCCUGCAAAUUAUAUGUUAAGCGCCUGACCUGACCGGACAGGCGCCCAUGCCUAGAUUAACCCAGUUUCCAGUAAAAGUGGGGUAGGCGCUCCCCAGGUAUUUUACGGUUGGCGCCGUCUUUGCAAAAUCUUGUGAACCACUUAGAGUGUGUGCCACCAUCUGCAAGGCACAAUUUUAGUGGACACAGAUGCCUGACAAACAGUAAAUGCUUUCUUUGUCUGCAAUCAGCCUCCGUGUUCAUUAACGAAGCCUUAACUCACUUGAAGCAAAUGCAUGUCACAUAUUCCAUUUGUAGCACUGUCUGCCACGGCACGUUUUAAUAAUGAAGCCUUAACCUUGCUGCGCUACAAGACGAGCUAUCAACACUUCGGCAAGACAGCCAUAUUGCACGAUGAAAAACAUUGUUUGUGGAACUGCACAGGGCUGCGAGUCUUUUCCCAUACAAAAUGUCUGCACACUGGUGACAAAAAUAAAUUGGAUAUUGCACUACCUAUGCAAAUGGUGCCACCUGUCAAACUUUCUGGGGUUGAGCCCUUGCAUGGACAGUCUUUUACAUAACGAGUUUGCUGAACUUGUUUCCACAAUUUGACUUUUGUAUGGCAUUUAGAGGUCACACGUGGCUACUGGCAAACUGGCCGUUUUUCAAUAAAAUAUUAAAACUGGACCACA